UUAUAGUGACAACUCCACGACGAGAGGAGACAACAAAAAAAAAAUAUGGCCAUGAUCACGCGCAACACCGCCACGCGACUCCCUCUCCUCCUCCAAUCCCAAUCCCAACGCGCAGCCGCCGCCGCGGUCUCUCACAUCCACACAUCCCCACCCGCUCUCUCCCCCUCGACAUCGCCGGCUUCCUACACCAGACCAGGUGGUCCUCCUCCUUCCGCCUCGCCGCCUCCGCCGGGUCUCUCGAAGACGGCGGAGUUCGUGAUCUCGAAAGUCGACGAUCUCAUGAACUGGGCUCGCAGGGGAUCGAUCUGGCCCAUGACCUUCGGCCUCGCGUGCUGCGCCGUGGAAAUGAUGCACACCGGUGCUGCUCGCUACGAUCUGGAUCGGUUCGGUAUCAUCUUCAGGCCUAGUCCUCGCCAGUCCGAUUGUAUGAUUGUCGCCGGGACGCUUACUAACAAGAUGGCUCCUGCUCUUCGCAAGGUGUAUGACCAAAUGCCGGAGCCAAGGUGGGUGAUAUCGAUGGGAAGCUGCGCCAACGGAGGUGGUUACUACCACUACUCGUACUCUGUGGUUCGAGGCUGUGACAGAAUUGUGCCAGUGGACAUAUACGUCCCUGGGUGCCCUCCAACAGCUGAGGCUUUGCUCUAUGGGCUCCUCCAGCUUCAGAAGAAAAUCAACAGGCGCAAAGAUUUCUUACACUGGUGGAACAAGUGAAUCAAAAUCCUCCUUCUUUACCAAUGCCAAAGCGAGUUUUGUUUUCAGACGAAUGUUACCAAAAAGCUUGGGGCUAAUAUAAAACGUGGACGUUUCAAUGCAAAUGUUUCUUUGUCGUGGAGAUUCCCCUGUAAAGGAGUGAACUUCCCAAUUUAUUUGUGAAAACUUAAACAAAUAUAAGAUUCUGUUGUCUGUUCUUUUUUUUUGUCAUAUGAUUCUUCUGAUU